GGUCCCCCACUCGUCCCCAGCAGACCCUCCUGCCGGGACCUGGCGCCGGGCUCCCAGCGGCUGCGGGGAGCGGAGUCGGGCGGCACCUGGGGGCGGGGAGCGCAGGGCAGGGCCGGGCUGGGGAAGACGCCUAGGGCACUGCCCGGCGCUAACAAAGGGAGCGGCUGCUGGCCGGCGGGGGCGCGGAGCGGGCGGAGCCGCAGCCCGGGCGGCCAGGCGCGCAGCGAGCAAGGUAGAGCCAGUUGUGCAGAGAGGGAGAAGCAGUGAGAUCCUGGAGCCCAGCUGAAAUGAACUGGCCUCCUUGAGCGGUCCCAAGCCCGGGUGCCAGGCCUGUGUCCCAGCACUGAGAUGUUUUUUGAUCAUCCAGAGAAAAAUGAGCCUUGGCCUCCAGACCCAAUAAAGCAAACAUUCCUCCCAUGGAGAAUAGCACUGGUUCCUAAGGACAUGAAGGGCCUGCAGCCCCAGGGGGAUUAGCCAAAAGUGGCUUGUUUUCUGCUCAGAACAGAGUGGCUGCCCUGAACACAUCUUUCAUUAUGAUUCACACCAACCUGAAGAAAAAGUUCAGCUGCUGCGUGCUGGCCUUUCUCCUGUUUGCAGUCAUCUGUGUGUGGAAGGAGAAGAAGAAAGGGAGUUACUAUGAUUCCCUUAAGUUGGAAACCAAGGAAUUCCAGCUGUUGAGAGGUCUGGAGAAACAGGCUGUGACUUCCAGCAGCACCCAGAAUUCCCCCAGGGGCCGCCAGGCCCUCAGCAGUCCCCGGGGCCCAGCCAAGGCCAAGCCUCAGGUCUCCUUCCAGGUGUGGAACAAGGACAGCUCUUCCAAAAACCUCGUCCCCAGGCUGCAGAAGAUCUGGAGGAAUUAUCUGAAUAUGAACAAGUACAAAGUGUCCUAUAAGGGGCCAGGGCCCGGUGUCAAGUUCAGCGCAGAGGCCCUGCACUGCCACCUCCGGGACCAUGUGAACGUCUCCAUGGUAGAGGCCACAGAUUUUCCCUUCAACACCUCUGAAUGGGAGGGUUUCCUGCCCAAAGAGAACAUCAGGACCAAGGCUGGGCCAUGGGGCAGGUGUGCUGUUGUCUCAUCAGCCGGAUCGCUGAAGUCCUCCCAGCUGGGCCGAGAAAUAGACGAUCAUGACGCAGUCCUGAGGUUUAAUGGGGCGCCCACAGCCAGUUUCCAACAAGAUGUGGGCACGAAAACCACCAUUCGCCUGAUGAACUCUCAGCUGGUCACCACUGAGGGGCGCUUCCUCAAAGACAGUCUGUACAACGAGGGAAUCCUAAUUGUGUGGGACCCAUCUGUUUACCAUUCAGAUAUCCCAAAGUGGUACCAGAGCCCCGACUACAGCUUCUUCGAGAAUUAUAAGAGCUACCGCAAGCUGCAUCCCGACCAGCCCUUUUACAUCCUCAGGCCCCAGAUGCCUUGGCAGCUGUGGGACAUCAUUCAAGAAGUCUCCCCAGAGGAGAUUCAGCCCAACCCCCCAUCCUCUGGGAUGCUUGGUAUCAUCAUCAUGAUGACGCUAUGUGACCAGGUGGAUAUUUACGAGUUCCUCCCAUCCAAGCGCAAGACCGACGUGUGCUACUACUACCAGAAGUUCUUCGACAGUGCCUGCACAAUGGGCGCCUACCACCCACUCCUCUUUGAGAAGAAUCUGGUGAAGCACCUCAACCAGGGCACAGACGAGGACAUUUACCUGCUGGGAAAAGCUACACUGCCUGGCUUCCGGAGAAUUCGCUGCUGAACAUGGGCUCCCUGGUCAGGCCCCCUAGCCCUUCUCCACCAAGUCUGGGCAGAUCACGUUCCUGAACAAUCCAGCCUGCACGGUGGGCCUUCUGUCAACAAAAGCCUCAGGCUGCAGAAGUCCCAACAGCAAGCAGCCAGGUCCAGCCAGGUCCAGCCUGCCUCGUAGUUGCAGAGGUGUGCGAACCCAAAGCCUCCAGCCACACACACAUACACACACACCUAGCAUUCUUUCCAUGCACCUUUCCCACCAGGGCUGCCAAAGCUGGGCUGUUUUCCUCAUCAGAAUGAUGUUAUUCUCACAAACCAGUACUCUCUAUUGCUCGAAAUCUGCACCUAGACACUGAUUUCAUGUGUGGAAGAAAUUCUCCCAAAUUAUGAUUGUGCCCACAUAUAGGGUGGCUCUGGGGAGCCAGUAAGUGGUACGGGGCAUAGGAAACAUGCUCGAUUCCUCCAGAACAAAGUUGGUCCCAAGGUCCAUGCCCCUGGGAGAUGUGGCAUUCCAAUCACUCUAGCUGGUUUGGCGGGUCCUUAUGCGCAAAGGGUCUUGAUGAACCCACAUACUCUCCAUAUGGAGAAGAGAGCCACAGAAGGGCGCGGUCUCCAUCCUCUGGUUGCUCACAGUUCAGUGGGAGAGAGAUGGAGGAUUCAGUGUGCUCAGUUCACAGCCGGCAGGGGUGGGUGGGGGGUUGGUGGAGAGGCCGACUUGCCGUGCUGUGGGCUUGCACGCUCGGAGGGGCCACAUAUUUGCUGUGUCUAUGGGUCAGAGAGGGCUUCGCUGAGCUGGGCUGCGGAGAUUUUAGAGGACUGGAGAAACAUGUCAAGCAGAUGUUUGAGUCAUCUGAAUUGUGUUUUCCUUUCUGCCUUUAUUGCCCAUAUUUAUUCUCUAAGGUCUGCCUGAACUUCGAGGCUCAUUAUUUUCUGAGGAAACCACUUCCCCUGUCUGAGCGCAGCCCCAUGGCAGACACCUGGCAAGCCAGAUGCCAAAAACCAGAUUUGUCCAUGCUCAGCCUGGCCGGACCCUUGGCUGCAGCUGGGUUUGCACACCUUGUCCACUGCUUCCCUGUUAAUGCCCGCCCCACCCCCUCCUAGCUGCCAUCUUGUUUUCCCCUUUAAGGCAGUAGAUUUUUUCCCUCUUUCAAAUUACUUUUAAGCAUUUUGUACUUUAAAAGUAUCCUGAUCCGAUGAUUUCUUUCACCUUCAUGGGCCUUUUGCGGAAUGUCUCUCAGGGAGUGGGGAUGUGGUUCCCUAGAAUUUAAAGUUGCUCUCAGAAGUCAGAACCUUAGAGAUCAUAACUGAUUCUCACAAGGUUUAUCAGACGGCCAUGCCCUCCACCCCUCCAGCAAGGGUGCAAUAUCAGAGUCUCCAGACAGAGGCCCUUCCCCUGUGGUGUACAAACAUGCUUCCUGGGUAGUUUUGCUACCCCACCUUCUCCAGUGGAGAACCACAUUGGACUGGUCUGGCCCCUGGUGAGGAGAAGGUAAAGGACUCACUCAAGGUCACAAAAUAAUGCGGUAGAGCCAGGGCUCCUAGACCCAUGUGCUCAAGGGCCUCUUAAGCUUGAGCUCUAGACCAGUCAUCUGGGAGCUGGAGUGCUCAUGUGCUGCCAAACCCUUGGCUCAUAUAGGCAGUAGCAGGAGUCCUGGGGAGGGCUGAUGUUCCCCUAUAUACUAGCCAUGCCGCCAUGAGCGAAUUUUCCUGAGACUCUGUUUCCACAUCUGUAAAAUGGGGGUGAUGAGCCUACCUCACAGGGCUGUUGUAAGGGUUACACCUGUCCUGGUUCUGUACUUGGCCCAUAGCAGGUGCUCAGUACGUGGUGGUUUCCUUCCUCCUUCUCUCUCCUUCCUCCCCUCCCUCGCUCCCUGCCUUCCUCCCUUUACUAAGGACCUGCUCCAAGCUCACACCUGGGCAGGAUCUUGCUUUGAGGGAGGCCAGAGAGGGGGUCCUGUCAUCAGGGAAUUAACUAUCCUACUGGGAGACAACAACUACCCUGCCUGGAACACCCAGGAAAUCAUCCGAGGCAAUGGAGGGUGCAGAUGCAAAAGUGUCCCUCCUCCUCGUCCUCCUCCCCCUCUUCCCCCCCAACUCCUUGCAGCCUCUGGCCUUUCUGCUUGGGAAUGGGCCAAGCACUUGGGCUGCUUCCUGCUGUAUGGAGGGAAUCUUUUCCACCGAUCUGGGCCCAUGAAUUCCCAGCUUGCUUUAGGUUCUGGUUUGACACACUCAUUGCAAUCUUUGAAUCACACGCAUUGAGAGGAAGGCGGCAUUCCACCAGCAGGAGAUAGGCAUUGGUGUGGACACUGAAACUACACUGGGUAGAUGCUAGCUUUUAAUUGUUAUUAUUAAUGUAAGGGAUCAGAUUAACUUAAGUGUGGUUCUGGGUCUACAGAACUUUAAUUCUGUGUUCUCUCUAUAUGGAAACUAGUAAAAUGCAAAUAAGACAGAGGUAUUAUUGUUGGUCUGGUGAGAUGUUUUAUAUUUGCAACAGAUAAUUUAAAAAUGGUGAUUGAGUACUACGGGAAAGUCCCCGUCCCAAGGGGGCUGUGUCUUUGUCAGUAGCCAUCCCUUCAUCCCGUAUCAUGAGAUCCCCCAAUCCUUCAAUCACAUAAGCUAUUCACCUUGGUUUGGAGACCUCGAUCUCAGAAGUGUCUGAAACAUGCCUAAUUGAAUUCUGAAUUACCCAAAGAUGAUGUAAAAUUUUAAAAUAAAUGUGUUUUUAAA